AUGGGUGGAAGUGGGAAAACUUCAGUUGCAAAAGCUAUCUAUAACAAAGUUUAUAGUAGCUUUGAAAGUAAUAAUUUCAUUGGAAGUGUUAGGGAGACUGCAAAGGAGUUGAACGGUAAGAUUACUUUACAAGAAAGACUUCUUUCUGAUAUCUUAAAACCAACCAAGGUAGAGGUAGGUGAUGCUGAUAGAGGGAUCAUUCUGAUAAAAGAAAGACUUGGAAGCAAAAAGGUACUUGUCAUUGUUGAUGAUGUAGAUGAUGUGGACCAAUUAACUGCAUUAGCUAUAAGGAGUGAUUCAUUUGGUCCAGGAAGUAGAAUUAUUAUAACAACCAGAGAUCGACAUUUGCUAGAGCUACUUGAAGUGGAUAGUAUACAUCUGACUCAAGAAAUGAAGGAAAAGGAAGCACUUGAGCUCUUUAGUUGGCAUGCUUUUCACAAUCCUUGUCCUGAUUCAGGAUUUUUGAAACUCACAAGGAGAGUGGUUACUUACUGUGGAGGUUUACCAUUGGCUCUUGAAGUUUUAGGGUCUUUUCUCUUUAAAGGGAGCAUAAGCCAUUGGGAAAGCACAUUGAAGAAGUUGGAAAAGUUUCCUGAUGACAAAAUUCAUAAAAUCCUCAAAACAAGCUUUGAUGCACUUGAUGAGAACCAGGGGGACAUAUUCCUCCACAUAUCUUGUUUCUAA